UACUCUUUUUCUUUUUUCAUUCGCUGUCCCUCACGCUGCUCCUCCACUCCACGGCGGCGUCGAGCAGGCGCGCGCGUGCAGGGAGGAAGCGACGGGAUCCCGGGCGUGCAGGUACAGUACGGUACGCGCUCGCGGCGGCCGGCGGGUGGGCGGCCUCGCGUUCCCGGCCUCCCCGGGGGCUAGUCGGCGGCGGCAGGCGGCCAGAGGGGCGCUGUAACGGUGGGCGGCCCCGGUGCGUCGGUGGGCUGGUGGCGGCGAGCAGGGGACGCCGGAAGGAAUUUCAGAGAUCGACAGAUUACUGGUGCAGUGAUUAAUUGUUGGUUGGUCAGGCAAGAUUGGCCAAGUGCUGAUCUUACUUUUACUGCUGUGUAAGUGCGAAUUCUUGUUGGAGAUGGCAAACGAACACGAGAGAGACAAGCAAAUCGGAGAAGAGGAAGAGGAAGAAGAAGAAGAGUAUGUCUUGCUAGAGUUGGAUGGUUGUCUGUAUUCCAACAUUCAACCAGAUGCCCCUUAUAUACUCUCUGGUUUGGAUACAUUGGCCCCUAACUUGAUAGUAGGUGAUGGCGUGAAGAUGAUUGGAGAGUACGAAGAAACGGUCGGCACAUAUUAUUUAUUUUCGGAAAGUGAUGCUUCACCAAAACCAGUUCAUGAUCAUAGUGCACCUCCCAAAGUAAAUAAGGACAAGCUAGGCAGCACUAAUAAGGAAGGACCAUCCAAGGAGGUGAAACAUCUCGCAAGAGUUCAAAAGAUCGUCAAAUUCCGGUCGAUCAACGAGGAUCAUCACGAGCAGAGCAUAUCAGCAUAAGGAUAAGGAGUUUUCCUUUGACCCUCCAAAUAGAAUGUAAGGAUGAUACUCCCUCCGUAAACUAAUAUAAGAGUGUUUAGAUCACUAAAAUAGUGAUCUAAACGCUCUUAUAUUAGUUUACAGAGGGAGUACUUCCUAAUUUUAAUUGUCCACUAGCAUUCUCUAUUUUGAGGUAAGUUGCAAUAUGCAAGUAUGGUGGUUCUUAUCAUCUCUUUCUGAAUUUUCAAUCUUCUGAAAAUCUCCAUAAUGGAGGUCUUGGCUCUGUGUGAACUCAUCGAACAAUAUCUAAAACCUGAGAAACACCUUGUACCCUCCAGUUUACAAAUAAGUGACGUUUUGACAUACCUUGAGUCAUUUUA